UGCUAGAAGGAACAUCUCAAACCAGACCACCACUAACCAUUAUUAUGGAUAAUUCUAGUCUGAAACGACGUCUUGAGAGGCUGGAGUGCCACUUCACCUGGCAUCUGGAGUGCAGUACAAAUGAACUCCAGGAUUUUCUGAGCAAGCUGAAUUAUAUGGACCAGGAAACGUGCACUUGGCCAGUUCACUAUUACAACCUGCUAGGCUACACUCAUCAGACUCUUGGCUCCAACACAGAGGCAGUGAAGCACCUGCACAAAGCAGAAAGUGUGAUCCAGGAGCAGGGAACAGGAGUCCAGCUUCAGGUCAACAAAGCAAACCUGGCUUGGGUCUACUUCCAUUUGGGAGAGAUGGAUAAAAGCAAAGGAUAUCUAGAAGAGGUGGAGAGGCUUCAGCGAAUGCAUCCUGCUCCACCUGAAUGCACUUUACACCCUGAAGUCAGCGGAGAAAAGGCCUGGACGUUGGUGAAGUUUAACAAGUCCAAGAAGCGCGAGGCGAUUGAUUACUUUAAGAUGGCUCUAAAUGCAGAACCAGAUAGGAAGGAAUGGCACAAAGGACUUGCCAUAGCCAUGAACAUAGAAUUUGUACCGCCUGAAUUCACUCUAGAUGAGAUUGUAGAGCAACUGAAAAUUGCACAUGAAAAAGAACCAAAUAGUUUGUUCUUUCAUUCUCAUUAUUUACUAAAACUGUGCAAACAGACAAAUGUGUCCAUUGAAAUGGACAUGCAAGGUUUACUAGAAAGAACUCUUGAAACUGGAAACCUGGAGUGUUUGCAAGUUAUUCUCAGGUAUUAUAGAGAACAGGAUUCUUUAGAUAAAUCUAUUCGAGUAGCAGAGACAGCUCAUGAAAAGUUCCCCUCUUCAGUUAAAGCGUUGAAACAAUUGGCAGACAGCUACAAAUGGAAGAUUUACAGCAUGGAAGACAGCGAGGAAAGGGAGACUUUGGCUAGGAAAUCCAUUAAGCUCUUUGAGGAGGAUCUUAGAUAUUACCCUCACUCAUACAAAGUAAAGAUAAACCUUGCAUCACUGCAUUGUUACACACACGAAUUUGAGAAGGCAGAUGAGAUUUACAAGAAUCUCCUGUCAGAGGAAAAUUAUCUUUCUCCUCAUAGACAACAGCACUUAUUUUAUAGUUAUGGCCAACAUCUAAAUCAUAAUAGAUCACAAUCCAGAGAGUCAGUCUCCUUUUACAUGAAAGCAGCAGAAAUCCCAGUAAUGACAGAAUGCAAACAAAAGAGUAUAAAAGUCCUUACAAACAUUAUGAAAAGGGGCAAAAACCCUCGCUGUAUGGAAAUUGUGCAUUUUCUGGAGGAGGCAAUUAAAACUUCUGAUUAA